CGAAAUGUGUACAGAAAAAUAUGGUUCCAUAAGUAGUUCACCGUAAUGCAUCGCGGUAACACCGGUAUACACAGCUGCUCGUCCGACCAGGACCGGUUUCUUUAAGCGCCUACAAGUGCUGCACUUAUUUGACGAACUCCCUGGUAAUCUUCUGCGAAUACCACUUUGUAUGCAUACCUCAAAGCUUGACAUUUACGCCGCCAAGCCGCACGUCAGGUGUUUGAUUUUGAUAUUGGCCGUCAGCGUAUUAUCAUAGCACAACACAAUCAUCCGGAUCCAGUGUAAUCGAUUAUUCCGGAAAGAAAGUGUUCAGCUCGGUUUCUAUGUGAUUGAUAAUUUUUGGUGUUAUAUUGUGAUUUUCCUGGAAUUUUUGACGACGAGAUGGAGUGGUGCGAGGAGCGGGUAACGGUCAGCGUGGUACCGGAAGAUUCCACUGGCAACGCCAAUAGUAAUGAGAUCCUGUAUGAGAAAUGCGAGACGGUCUGCCGUGACGAUAUUGACAGCAAUGCCCCGUCCACGGAGACCAUCAGCGAAGAUGUCACCUACGCCGUGGUAAAUCCCGCUGACAGAGUGGAAACCAUCGAGGAGCUGGUGUAUGUCAAUGAAAAUGCCGCCUUCGAAAUGCCCCAUCUUCCGAACGGACAGCUAGGACCAAAAGAAAUUCCGCCAGCUCCAGGCCUGUAUUUAGUGGAAUAAAGUAUAAACCCCAGUCAUUUCCGUAUCCGGAUGCACCACAUCGAACUGCGUUUCUCGUUACGCGGCCAAAUCGGAUGCCUCCCUACAAAAUUGUAUAAAACAUGAACUUUUAUGCAGAAGCAUAUUUUUUAUAGUUGUAUUAUUCCUCCCGUUGGAUCCAGUUAUAACACGAGAGCUUAAAUAAAUGCUUAUGUAUUAAAAGAUCUUUGUAAAUUGUGGAUCACAGGAUCACAUUUUCCCACUGUUAAUAGUGAAGGACUUCAACGUAUGCAUACAGCCAUUCCGCAGAAUUUUGCUACUGGAUAAAGAAAGUAUUUAUGUUUAUCGGCACCAAACGACAUCAUCCUCAGAAUAUACCGUAAAUUAAGUAAUUCUCUUGAGAAAUAAAACACACAUUCUCGUUG